AUUCAGUACAAAGCCGUGUAAAAGUGAAUAACUUCCAAAGAAGUCAACAUAAUACACCAAAAACUACACUAAACUUAAAAGUCACCAUUAUACACCAAAACAUAAAACGUAAAACACUAAACCUAAAACCCACAGUAUAUUAAUUAGAAAAAAGGUUGAGAGGUUAUAAACACAAAAAUAAAAUAAAAAAAACAAAAUUCCCCUGGUGGUAUCUUGGUCAAAUGGUGAGAUUCUCAUGAAUGGGUAUCAGCGAGCCCAAACUAUUCACAUUUUCCUGAAUGGCUAUCGACGAGCCCAAAUUAUUCAGAUUCUGCUGCAAAGGUAUAUACGAGCCCAAGAUAUUCCCACCAACAUCCGGGAACGUCGCAAACCCAUGAAGCGGCCCAACCCGGCCCAUCAAAUCCACUUCCACAGGAUACUUCAUCAGGUGACCCUUCAUCUCCACCACCGCCUCCCCUGCAAAUCGCCGCCAGUUCUCUUCUCCGAUCGCCCUCACCCUCCUCACACACUCCACGCUCUCCGGCCGGUCGAAGCACUCUUCUUCCACCGGCCCUCCGGUAUGCUCCGACCACAGAGAUUUCCUGUACCCAUAUACCUGCCCGCGGGCAGGCUUCCCGUUCUUCCCCAAGCUAUGCCGCCGCUGAAACCCUCCCAUCGCGAUCUCACUGUCGCGGGUGCCCUCCAUCGACCUCUGAUUGAUGUUCGCCGACCCGAUGAUGACGUACUCGUCGUCGACGAUCAUCCCUUUCGAGUGGACAUAGAUCAUGAACCGCCGGCUCCGCUUGCUCUGUUCCUGAGGGGUAUUCGCCGAUCCUGCGGCGGGGGCCGAAUUCGACGAGCUUGCUUCGCGGUUUCCGAGGCAGAAGAAGUUGAGGUUGUUGGCGCCCAGGUUGUUGUAGGAGUCCCAGCCGUAGGAUGAUCCGAGGAAGUACUGGUUCU